AUGACAGAAGAAUAUCUAUUAACUUACAGCUCCACGUGCUUGAAUGAAGGGAGUGGGUUUGGGCAGAGGUCCUUUUUUUGCGACACCCAUACCCACACUCUCGUAGCUGGUGGAAAUGGCUCAGGUGAUGGUCUCAAUCAACUCAACCGGACGACAUAUCUCUUUGUUGAUCGGCAGCAAAAUGUCUACGUGCCAGACAAACCAAAUCAUCGUGUAAUGAAAUGGAAUAAAGGUACAAAAGAAAGUAUUGUUGUCGCUGGAGGACAAGACUACGGGAAUGCUCUGGCACAAUUGACUUAUUCUAAUGAACUCUUCGUUAAUACGUUGGGUACACUCUAUGUAGCAGACCAGGUGAAUCAUCAUGUGAUGCGUUGGACUCUGGGAGACAAGAAACAAGGCACUUUAAUUGUAGAUGGAGAUCGUAAAGGAGAAGGAACAAAUCAGUUCAGCAACCCCAUUGGUUUGUCUUUCGAUCGAUAUGGUAAUCUCUAUGUCGUCGAUAUGAGUAAUCAUCGUGUUCAACGAUUUUCUAUCGAAACAGACUUGUGAAUUGUUUUUUCUUUGUUCGUUUCUUUUUCUAUACUUCUACCACGUAUUUUACAAAGCAUAAUUACUAACACUCCAACGGUAGAGUCAUUGAAAGCUCUUUCUUGCAUAAUAACUUUCAUUUCAAAUAUUUAACGAUCACAUUCAUACCGUUUCAAAUUGAAAUGUCUGAAAAAAACUUCGCAGUCAAUAUCUUCCAUUUGAAGUAUUUGACAGUCCACUUCACUGAUUUCUAUCUAGAAAGAUCACUGAAGAUCUUUCUGGGGUCAUACCAGUUGUUUGAGUUUUUUUUUCUAAGUCUCCUUUAUUGUGUUUCAAUCAGAAGGAUCACUAAAGGUCUUCCCCAUUCUGCCAUUUCCAUUUCAGAUAUUUGAAAGCCCGAUUCAUUGUAUUGCUGCAAAAAGAAUCAUGAAAGAUCCCUUUUGUUCAAUACCCUUAUUCCAGAUAUUUUGAAGCCUCCUUCCUCUCAGCCAAUCAUUAAAGACGCUUAAAGGUCUAUCUCAGUCACUACCAUCCAGUUGAGG